AUGAACACAACUACAGAAUCUUCAUCAUCAUCCCCACCAUUGAUGUUCUUCUUAGGAGAGCUUUCCGGCGAGACCAAACACGCCUUCUUCAACCCCAUGAACAAGGCAUUGGUUCAAUACCAGAUCUCAGAACUCGAACCUCAACUCGAGUGCCUCUCGACUCGAUACGGUUGGUUACUUUUGUUGUCCCGCGAAACUUCUUCCCUCUUCUUCUUCAAUCCCGUCUCUCACAAGAAGAUCCAACUCCCUUACAGGAAGUCCAUCUUCAACGCCGCCGCUUUCUCCGCGCCACCCACCUCGCCGGACUGCACCGUCUACGCCGUCGUCAUGCCCACCUUCAGAUUCAAGCUCCGUGUUGAUACUUUGCGUGUAGGUCAAGAAAAGAGAAAGUGGGUCCGUCAUAGUAUUAGACCCUCGGAAAUUGAAUGCAGUACCGGUGUUCAAGCUGUUUGCUGUAACGGAAAACUUUAUCUGGUCGACAUGCAUGGAAGGGUGGUUGUUUUUGACGGUGAAGAUAAUAGUUGGACUCGAAUUCCCGGUAAAUGUUUUGAAAGGAUUUGGGACUCGUAUUUCGUUGAGUUCAAUGGAGAUGUGUAUGCAGGGAAGAAAGGUGGUUACGGGGCUGUGGAGAAGGUUUUUAAAUUGAAGAUUGAGAAUGGUGUGAGUGAGUGGGUGGAGGUGGAGGAUGUGGGUGGUGUUAGUUUGUUUCUUGGACCACACGGUUCUUGCGCUUUGCCGGUGAAAGGGAUGGAGAACAAAGUGUUUGUGGCGGGAGAUGGAGCUAUAUGCAAGUUUGGUGUCUACAAUUUCAGUGGUGGUGAAGUCAAUGAGGAUGAGAAAUUUGAUCAUCCAGCUUAUAAGGGGUGGUAUGUUCCCGUUUGGAUAAAUGAACAGCAACCAAGCAAUCUCAAGUGA